GUAAGAUGCUGACACCAACUCCCUCCCCUUGUAGCUGGUCAUGUGGAUGUCGCCUCGCUCCCUGGGGUACUUCCAUAUAAAGAGGCCCACUGCAACUCUAGCCCAGGACCGCACUGGAUCACGUAGACCGGAGCAUUACAGCUGUGUUUUAAGGAUCAACUUGCUUUCCGGAGAUAAGCGACAUCAUGCAUUCUGUGAUGAAAUGCUGGUGGGCCCUUAGUAUCCUCCAUCUAUCUCAUGGCCUGGUACAUGGGGACAUGCCAUUGGACGGUGGCCAACCAAGCCACAGGAGGCUGGAGCCCUCCUAUAUUUCAGAGAUUGCAGACACUGUGGAACAGUUGAUGAUCGAUGCCCAAUCUUAUGAUGAGGACACCUCCCAGGAGAUGACGGAAGCCUUGCAGCUCCAGAGCAGGACCAUGCGCUCCCCCCGCCGCUGUGUGCCCCACCAGCAGUCGUGCCUGGGCCACCAGCUGCCGUGCUGCGACCCCUGCGACACAUGUUACUGCCGCUUCUUCAACGCUAUCUGCUACUGCCGCCGCGUGGGUCAGUCCUGCAGCCACAGGCACACCUAG